UGCAACCACCGCGUGGUCAUCAUGUUCAACAAUUCAUCCCCCGAGGACCUCGUCGAGGCAUUUCUAAUAUCACCCCUCUAUCCCAGAAUACCCUAUAACGCAGAGCAACUGCCAGAUCAGGCUUCACUUCAACCAUGAUGCGAACGGCCUUGAUAAUGGUGCAGUAGGUGGGCGCCAGAACGUUGGCGACAACCAGCGGUGGUGCUACUGUUGAACAAUGUCGGGCAGCUACGGGGGCAUGACUGACGUGCCGGCGAUUAUGGCAUUGCUCAUCUUUCUUUCUUUUUACCUUUCUCUCUCUCUCUCUCUUUCUUUCUCCCUGUCUCUCUGUCUCUCUCUCUGUCUCCGGGAGUUUCUCGUUUCUUCACUACCGCCCGCCGGCUCAACCGCGACCAAAAGGUCGCGAUACCCCGGCCACUCACUCGGAAAAUUCCAUCAUCCCCCAGCCUCACGAACAGAAGUCCCUUUUCCGACUUCGAGUACCGCAAAGCCUUCGCAGAUAAGGGCGUUGCCCUGUUGGCAUCCUAUUCCUACGAUAGGCGCAAGAUUGUCUCCAGUCUUGUCCUCGUGGACGUGGCUCCCGGUACAAACGGAGCUCAGUCCAUGAAUAAAGUAUUCGCAGGUAAUUGGAUUCCUUGGGGUCACCGGGCGUGGACGCGGUCGAGAGGUUUUCUAGCUUAUGAGCGCGCUCCCUCUUAUCCCUAUUCCUCUUCAGAUCUGUUGUUCCAAUGUCAGGCGUGCUUCGGCG